UCGAACACCCGAAGAUAGUCGCGCUCGCGGGAGAAUGCAGAUUCCGCAUGCGGACCUGCGCCCGCUCGAGCAGCGGUUGACCCGCGCUGUCCGCGCAGACAGUAGUUCUCAUCCGCGAUAUGAUACGGUGGGCCGUGUCGCGGUAGUGGUGGUGGUGAUGGUGGUGGUGAUAGUGGGUGAUGGUUGCGGCCGCUCUCGCGCGCGCCGACAGAUCUUCGAGCGUGUCGUCUCGCACGGUCCCGUUUUCGCGUGUCGCUCGUUAGGACGGCUCAUGUAGACGGGCCGACGAAGUGAUGCGAGAUUCCGCGGCAGGUCCAGACUUCGGAUCGCCCAGGUGAGAGAGCCGCGUCGCGCGAGGCGAGAGUUCUCGGUCGCGAGGCGGUUUUCCGGAGUAAAGGGAGUAAUAGUGAACCUCUCUCUCUCUCAGGGAGGGGGGGGGAGGGGCCGCAGGUCCAGCGGGUGAUCACGUGACCCGUGUGUUUACCAAAAUGGUGAAUGUCCGUAGUGCGAUACGAACGGCACUGCGUUCCGUCCGCACGGGAGCGGCCGCGCGGCGCUCGGAUGCGUAAAUAGCCGCGAUCAGCUGUGCUACGUGCGCGGAGCGAAGAGAAAGAGAGAGAGAGAAACGGUCAGAGGAACAGAGAGAGAGAGAGAGAGGGAGAGAGAGGGAGCACACGCAGUGCUUCGGCGUUCCGAUCGCACGGCGUUAUCGCCGUCGUCUCAACACGGCGUCGCGCGUCGCGUCCCGUGGGCGAGUCGAUCCGUGCGCGUCGAACGUCGCCGUCGUCAUCGCCAUCGGCGUCGUCGCCGUCGUCAUCAUCGGCAGCGACUCCGUUUCCCAGCGGCUGCUGGUCCGCUCUUCUCGGCUGGUGUCGAUCCUCGCGGCUGCGCGACGCACGCGACGCUCACGGGCGAAAGUUGGAAAGUGGACGAAGAGGCGAUCGCGGGAGAUGCCAGGAUCCGACGCGGCGGCGGCGGCGGUCACGGUACGACGACAAUCGCCUCCUAGUCGCGCGAUCGUAUCGCGCUAGACCGAGGAUUACUUCCCGCGAUGUCGUUCUGCGUUCGUUCGUCUCCGCGUUGCGCCGAGCUCGUCCUCGAUCGCCGCCGCGCGCCGUCCGCACCGUGAGCUCACCCUAGGAUCUAGCUCUCGUUUCCUCACGUCGCUCGCGCCGCUAAGGUGGUGACCCGGGAGGCUUCCACAGGCCUAAUUCCAUUAAUCGCCAAUAAUGCUGAACUCGAGGGACACCAGCGGCAGAUGAUCUCCGAUGUAGGUUAGUGCGAGCAAGAAGCACUUCAACAGCGGACAUCUAAAUGUCAGGAGGUGUCCUCGCAUAGCGCUGAGUGCUGCGGCCAGGCAUUUUUAAACAUGGCCACGUAUCAAGUCGACUACCAGUGGGCUUAUUCCAUAAUGGAUUCAUCCAGGAUAUCCACUUUCCUAAUAUCAAUCCUACUGAUAGUUUACGGUAGUUUCCGAUCUCUAAACAUGGAGCAAGAGGCGAGGGAGAGAGAGAAGGAGAAGGAACGUAGUAAUCUAUUGACCGGGCUUACGAGUAAUACCAGCGCUGGUAAUCCGGACAGCGCCAAUGGUGGAAGAGUUCAAACUCUCGACACGAUGCACGCCCUUUGUCUACCUCUCGGUGCUUCCAUUUCUCUACUCGUCAUGUUUUUCUUUUUCGACAGUAUGCAGAUGCUUCUUGCAAUUUGUACAGCCAUUAUAGCUACAGUUGCAUUGGCAUUUCUUUUAUUGCCCAUGUGUCAGUACAUCAUUAGACCCUGUUCCGAUGGUAACAAAAUAUCCUUUGGCGUCUGUGGGAGAUUUACAGGUGCUGAAUUACUCUCGUUCUCGCUCAGCGUGAGUAUAGUAUGCAUCUGGGUCCUGACUGGGCACUGGCUGCUGAUGGACGCGAUGGGUAUGGGUCUGUGUGUGGCAUUUAUCGCAUUUGUUCGACUACCUAGUCUCAAGGUAUCCACAUUGUUGUUAACCGGACUGCUGAUUUAUGAUGUCUUCUGGGUUUUCUUUUCGUCUUACAUAUUCAGCACAAACGUAAUGGUUAAGGUAGCAACUAGGCCUGCAGAUAAUCCAGUGAGUCUCGUGGCUAGAAGAUUACACUUAGGCGGCGUGGCGAGAGCCGCGCCAAAAUUACCUUUACCUGGAAAACUAGUUUUCCCGUCGAUGCAUCAGGCGGGACAUUUUUCGAUGUUAGGCCUUGGCGAUGUUGUCAUGCCGGGUCUGUUGCUCUGUUUUGUCUUGCGAUACGAUGCAUACAAAAAGACUCAGCUGUUACCCGGCGGCUGUGAGACUGGGGUACCACCACCACGCCACCUCAGUCGAAUUAGCUAUUUUCAUUGCUCUUUGAUCGGUUAUUUUCUUGGUCUACUUACCGCUACUGUAAGCUCUGAGGUGUUCAAAGCUGCGCAGCCUGCCUUAUUGUACCUUGUGCCCUUCACUUUGUUGCCGUUGCUCACGAUGGCGUAUUUGAAGGGAGAUUUACGUCGGAUGUGGAGUGAACCAUUCAUAUCUCAACAACCUUCAAAACAUAUGGACGUUUGACAAGAGUCAUGGGUCUCUGUAUAUUAUGUUGCAUUGGAGGCAAAAUUCUUGAGAUUCAUCAUCAUAUAACUUCAUAUUCUUAUUUUCAUCAAUGUCAUUUAAUGUAAGUAAUUUUUUCUACACGUACACACAUGUGCGCAAUUCAUUCGCAUUCUUUUCAAAGUCAAUAUGACAUACAGAGAGUAAAUCAGAUCUAGAUCAGAUCGGUAUGAUUAUUUACGAUGCAAAAAUACAUGUAAAAAUACAUUAUACCGCAUAAAUAAUUUAAAUGUAAUAUAAUGUCACGAAUGUAAUGUUAGCGGUGCGCAAAGGACUUUUUACUGAAACAAUAGAGAACAAGAAGGUCUCUGAAAAUAUUUCUGGAAUGCCAAAUGACACAUAUAUUAUUGGCAUUCUUUCUGUGUCUUAACUUGAUGUUGAGUAUAUGGAUAGACAUUGUGCACAGUAGAUAACGCAAUCGAUAACUAUCGUCAUUUCGAACUACUAAGUAAUAGCUAAAGACUAUGUAUCGCAUGUGAUUAAUUUAACGAACAAAGGAAAAUCUUCUAUUUCUAUUUUAGAGAGCCAUCGUAAAAAAUAAUACAUUCUCAAGAUAUUUACUUUCAAUCGAACAAAUCAUACAACACUAAAUAUUAUUCCCAUAAAGUUCAGUUACAAACGACUGGAAAGAAUACUAUUUUAGUUUAUUACAAUUAAUCAGAAUCGAAUUACUUGCAAAUGUGUAGCUAUGAAUAGGAUAAUUUAUAAACUGUUUAAAUAUUUAGGUAAGAAUCCAAAACACAUAUACGUGUAGGUUGUGACUUUGUUUUAAAGUUGGUUUAAUCCUGAUAAAGUAGUAAUAUUAAAAAGAAUUAUAUUGUAUAUAUUUAUUAUCAUUUUUCAUAAACUUUUAAGGGGGCACAAAGUCUUGCAAUUUACGAUAAUCAGUGGCACGCUUUUUGAUACCAUAUUUUAUUUUACUUAUUUGUAAGUGAGUCAUCUUUUUCGGAAGUAAACAUUAUCAUUUUCAAUAUGGAAGUAGAAGAUAAAGAACAAAACUGCGUUGUUAAAGAUAAUUACAAGGUUUGUUUAAACAAGAAGGCUUUCUAAACAAGCUCUUGCUAUGGAUAGGCUACCAGAAAGACUUUAUAUGUUUAUUUAAGGACAAGACUGAAAAUAAUAUGUAUGAAAGCCAAUUUAUUAAGUGACUCUUCUGAAAGAUAAACGAGUUUUUCCAUUCUACCGUUCUCUUAGAUCAAUCUAUCGUAAUAUCGUAGAGAUUAAUAAAAAAUAACAAUAUAUAUUCUAAUAUAAUAAUAUUACACUACGUAUUUAAGACAAGUGGAAUUAGCUGUUUUCAUAUUGUUUCUUAUAAUAUAUUACGUAAAAUUCAUAAUCACAGAUUAAUUAUAUUCAACGAUUGUCUGGAUCAUUCUUUUAUAUCUUUUAUUAUAAUCAACGAAUUAGUAAAUUAUACAUCAGAAUGAUAGUAACUUACUUUGGAUAAACAGUAUGUGUCAAAAGUUUUUUAAAAUAGUACUUUUUCAAUGCGAUAGAAAAAUAUAAUAGAAAAGAUGAAUUAUUCGGCAUUAUAUAAAUUAAUUUAAUCUGUGUAUUAAUAUAGAAACAUCACACACUCAGUACAGAAAAACAGUAUCUCAAUUUUACGAGAAAAAGGCAUUUCUAAUAUCAUCUCGUUAAUUUCGUAAUAGUUUAUGUUUUUAACAUAAUUUCAUUUUUCGUUCGUCUACCUGUCCAUAGCACAAGCAAUUUAUUCUCCAUUAUUAUCAUAUUUAUCACUGACUCAUUUUUAAAAAUAUUUUAUAAUAAUCACAUAAAAAAUAAAUAAUAAAAUAUAUUUUAGUUACUUCUAUUACAUAUAUUAUCAGAAAAUUAUGAAGAUACAUUGUAAAAUGAUUUUAACGACUUUAGCCAAUUUUAAACCAAUUUAAAUGUAUUUUCUUAAAGUAAAGUAAUUUUCAAGAAUUUGCUCAUGCUCAAAUUAUCAGUUUAUCUCUGAACAGUAUUUUUCUUUUUUUUUUUUUUGUAGUGAGUUACGUACACUGCAACAUGACAUUUAUAUUUCUGUAUAAUGUACAUUUUGAAUUUUUUUUUUCUCUUCCAAUGUACAUAUGAAUAAUUUCAAGAGGCAAAUUUUACACUCGCAAGAUUCGCCUUUGUGAAGAGAUUUUGCUUAUUAAGCAAAUAAUCGAAUGCAAUGAAUUUUGAAUAUGACGUAGCAUAUAUCUAUAAGGAAACGUUCAAGUUUUUGGACAUAGACUAGUGCAAUAUAAUUUAUAAUUUAUAUCGCGACAAAUAUCAUGUAAUACUUUUGUUGUACUAAAGUAAAAUUAUAUUUCCCCGUUUUGCUUACAACGACUCCUUCGACCGAUGAGUGUUUUUGUACAAAAAGAAGUUAAGGUAUAAUAUAGAAACCGUUUAUAGUAAGAUUGCAACUUAGUUUAUGGUAAAAACGAGAAGUACGUUAAUUAUAAUAUCUUGUUUUUUUCUAAUACAAGUCAAAAACCAUGUUUUUCGCUGGACAUUGUAAACUCUUAUUUGUUGACUAUAAAAAUUAUGUAAAUUGGAAAAUGUAUGUACAUAAAAAUAAGUAAGUACUCAACUGUCCUUCAGUUUUUCCACAAACUAAGACGCGAUAAAAAAGGAUACUAUAUAUUAGUGACAUGACGUAUGAUAGUGACAGAAUGAUCAAGGAACAGGAUUUAAAUAAAAAUCAAGAAUUAAACCGUAUACACACAAAUAUUAUUAAAUGCUGGAUAUUAUAUAGGUAAUAUACUAAAGAGCACUCGCUUGUACUGUUGCAAUUCUCGACUUGCAUGUGUACAGCUAUGUACAUUUUUAUAUAUAAUAAAACCUGACCAUUUUCAUAUGGUCGCGUUUGAAAAGUAAA